GGCAUCUCAGUUCUUGGUACUGGUGUUACCUAUUAUCCUGCGGACUGUGGCAUCACCACCAUUCCUUGGUGUGAUAAAUGAAGAUCCACUGUGGAAAGCAAAAGACAUUCUCAGUCACCUGUUGCCUAAAUCGACCUUUGACCGCUGCACUUUCCUCUUACUCACCGAUCAAACAAUUGACUUUUCAACUGUGCAGAAGAUGUUCCAGUCCUGGAAAUAUGGUGGUGCACACUUCGAAGCAGAGACAACUACCGGCUAUGGAAACUUCACCCAUCAACUCAUCUCGCAGAUGGACAUGGUGGACCGAGCACGUCAGUUGCGACUGCAGUCUUGGUGUGUGACAGUGGUGGUGGUGAGCAAUGAUCCAGCCUUCCUCAUUGCCUUUGCUAAGGAGUCCGACAACGGCCGCCUUGUUGUGUGGGACACGAGGUUGUUGGUGAUCACCAGGCUGGCCAUCCCGAUAAUUCAGGCACUACUACAAGAUUUUUGGAUUUUCUCCAUGAUGAGCACCAUGUUCCUCAAAAUUAGAAAUACAUCAAGGUGGCAAGUCUUUGUGCACCUGCCCUACUCUCCGUCUGGCCCACAGGUGGUGCCUGUUGCCACCUGGAAUCCAGGGAGGAGAUUUGUCUAUUUUGAGGAGAGAGUGCCUUUCCCCGAUAAAUAUAAUAAUUUCUAUGGAACGCCAAUUAAUCUUACAUGGCUGCCUCUAAAACCUUACUGGACGGAAACAAAACAGCAGGGACCUGACGGGAAAGAAAUAUUAACAUAUCAAGGAAGAGAGUACUUGAUCACGCUGGCUAUGGGCGCUGCUCUCAACUUUUCCCUCAGACCACUCCCUUAUGAAGGAUGGGACAGUGUUUUAGGUCGACUGAGGACUCGAGAAGCUUUCAUGUGGCCGGUCAACUUCCCCAUUCUGCCCCACAUGGUUAAAGAAUAUGACUUCAGCUUCUUCCUCGAACGGUCCACUCUGGCCUUCACAAUGGCCAAGCCAUCCAUUAAACCAAGCUGGCAGAGUCUCUACUACCCUCUGCAGAUCGACGUUUGGAUUUACAUUUUAGUCACCACUCUUAUUGUGCUCAUCGUACUCAUCGUGAUGAAUCGUAGUUCCAAAGAUGACGGAACCAGUGCGUGGCUGGUGAUGAAACAAGUGCUUGGAACUUUGUUGGACGAGGCCAUACCUGGAGAACUGCCGCUAAAAGAUUCGACGCGCGUGGCGCUGACAGCAUGGCUGAUCUUCUCUUUCAUCGUGGGAACGGUUUAUCGAAGCAAUCUGACGGCCUGUCUCACUGUACCCAAAUACCCGCCUCGCUUGGAGAAUCUCGCCCAACUUGCCGACUCAGGAGCCAAGCAAGCAUCGCUUUUUUUCAUUAAUUAUUUUUCAUUUAUUUAUUUAUAUUUAUUGUGA